UUAACGCGACAGAAGAAGAAUAAGCUGUUGCCAUGGUAACUGUUGUUAGCUGGCGCAGAUUUGUUGUUGGCUAAUUUUGGAGCUAAUGUGUUGAUGAUUUUGACGUCAGUUGUGUUAAUAUUUGCUGCCUUGUCAAAUAUACAGAGAAGCGCUUUAUUUCUGCUCUGACUGGAAUCGGUACUGGAGGGCAGAGGAUGUCAGGAGAUCUUGUAGCUGUGUGGGAAGUGGCUUUGAGUGAUGGUGUGCACAGGAUUGAAUUUGAGCACGGCACAACCACAGGAAAACGGGUUAUUUACAUUGAUGGAAAAGAAGUUAUACGAAGAGAUUGGAUGUUCAAACUUGUUGGAAAGGAGACUUUUCACGUGGGUGGCACAGACACGAAGGCCACUAUUAACAUAGACGCAGUGAGUGGCUUUGCAUAUGAGUACACUCUAGAGAUCAACGGACAGAGCCUGAAGAAGUACAUGGAGAAUCGCUCCAAAGUUACCAGCACAUGGCUCCUCAACCUGGAUGGCAUCGACUGCAGAGUGGUUCUGGAGAAAGAUACCAUGGAUAUAUGGUGCAAUGGACAGAAAAUGGAAACAGCUGGUGAGUUUGUUGAUGACGGCACAGAGACGCACUUCUCUCUGGGCGACCACGACUGCUGCAUCAAGGCUGUGAGCAGUGGCAAGAGACGAGAUGGCAUCAUUCACACACUGCUGGUGGACGGCAUGGAAAUCUCAGAGUCAGAAUGAUCUGUGUGAAUGAAUGUGUGUGAGUGUUUGGAUUAUCCAUCCUCAUGAGAAGUGUGUAUAUGGAUAUUGGGAUAGCAUGUGCUCAUUUGUGACCAGUCUGACCACAGCAUGUGCUGGUUCAGAAAUGGACCAUUUUGAGGCAUGAGAGACAGAUGUGUCUUACAAACAUAUAGUUUAGUAAUAUUUCUAUAUACCUCACAUAGCAACAUUAGAAAAAGUGUUUUAACCAUCUAAACGGUUAAUUUCUUAAUUCCUGAAUGUGAUGUCAAUGUGUUUUUUCUUCUCACAGUGCAGUUAACUUUGACACAAAAAGAUGUGAUGAUGGCUGGACCUUUACUAGAUAGUUUGUUAUGAUGGCCAUGUCAUGUAUAGACAAGACUGUUGAUGUCAAAUUUUUUAUUCUUUGUGCGGUAGCACAAUCAUGUUCUUAAAUGCAUAGAGUGGAUUAAAUGUGAACGUGUAUUUGUUUAGAGUAUUCUGUCCAGAAUCUCAGUGACCGACUUAUAAAUAGGAUCAGACUUCAGCAAUAACAUUAUUCAGGAAAUAUACUGUAAUGUAACUGUGUUUUUAGACACUUUGGCUCAAGGCCAUGUGACAAGCAAGAUUUUUUUUUUUUCAUUCAGUCUUUGUGCCUAGUGAAUUCAAGGUGUUGUGACAUGCUAGUCCUCUGUUAAAGGUGCAGUAGGUGAUCUGGGAAAUGCUAACUUUAGCCUGGUAGCAUUGAAAGCAUAUGAUCCCACCCUCCUUGCAAAUUGCCAUCCAAAGCCCCGCCUCCUCCAAAACACAUGAAUGCGCUCAGAUCAUAAGUGAGACGACUAGAGACAGCGUUAUUGGAUUACAUCAUGUGUCAUUCACCAGUGAGAAAAAUUUACAGUACAGUGAGUAACUUUGAAAACAUAAAAAUAGUUCCUAAUUAGAUGCUGGGUGCUGUUUUUAUUGAGCUAAUUCAUAAAGGUACACCAACUGUCAAACUGCCAACUACCUUUUCUAAGAAAAGGUCUUUAUUUUUAUGUCUUUAUUUUCGUAGAUCCUUUGCCAGUGCCACAGUUCAGAAGGAAAGUUAGGUUGUUUGCCUGCCAUUCUUGCUCUGUCUGCACAGCAUACAAGAAAUGGUCUGAUGACGUCUCAUGCCUGCGUGAACAGGCAGCACAGUGGUAUGCAAACACACCUUCACCAACAGAGAACACAUGCUAUCAUUUAGUUUGAACUGAAUGCAAUGAUUGAACGAACAUUUUAUGGUCCUACACCUUCUACAGAUGAUGUAUAUUUAUAAAAAUACAUUUAGACCACUUAAUAUAGUGAUUGCUAUCAGGAUAUGAGGAGACAUUCAACCAGCAUAUAAAAUAUUUCUGUAGAGAAUCACCUAUUGCACCUUUAACAUCAACAUCCUUCUGAAACAUUGAUCUUAAAUGUGAAAUAUUUUAUCAUGACAUAUUCUAUUAAACAAUGCUUAGGUGGAACUGAAAAAUGAUCUCAAUCUAAAUAUAAAUCAAGCUAUGUUUCCCUAAUAAGUUAAACAUUUACUACAGUUUAACAUUUUUGUUUUUCCUUAAUGCAAAUUUCAAUAAAAUAUUAUUUUCAUUUAAA